UGGAGGCCAUCGGGGAUGCUGAAGGCCGUCAGGGCUCUAAAAUUUGUGGGCGAGUACCUUCACUCCAAGAUUCAACUUUUAGGGAACACAAACUUAAGUCAAACUUUGACCAACAUCGUCAUCCCUUCUGUUGACCGCAAAGUUUCUCAACCCAUCAUCUUCUCGACUUAUGAGUCGGAGGAGAAUCCGUUGAAGAACGCUCUUCUGUCGGGCAUCUGCAUCAGCACCUCCGCCGCCCCCACAUACCUCCCGGGGCAUUACUUUGAAACCCAAGACGAUCAAGGAACGACGAAGAGGUUCAACCUCAUCGACGGCGGCGUGGCGGCAAAUAACCCUACGUUAUCCGCCAUAAGCCAAGUGACGAAGCAGAUUCUGAAAUCGAACACGGAUUUCAAAUCGUAUGAACCGGUCGACUACAGUCGGUUUCUGGUGAUCUCGAUCGGGACCGGAACAGAUGAGCUCGCGAUGGGUUUACUCGGGUGGUUGUACAACCGAGGAAAAACUCCCCUCAUUGACAUUUUCUCCCAGGCGAGCUCAGGCAUGGUGGAUAUCUAUGCAGCAGUUGUGUUUCAGGCACUGGGCAGUGAAGGCUACCUUCGCAUACAGGACGAUACAUUGACUGGCGAUGCGGCUUCGGUGGAUAAGUCGACGGAGAAGAACUUGAAGAAUUUGGUGGAGAUCGGGAAGAAACUGCUGCAGAAACCGGUGUCGAUGGUGAACCUGGAGACAGGGCAUUCGGAGCCGGUGGUGGACGAGAAGGGAGGAACCACAUCGAACGGAGAUCGACUCGGCAACUUCGCCAAGAAGUUGUCGGAUGAAAGGAAGCAUCGCCAGGGCCGCAAGAGAGUUUGGCUCCAUUGCAUGACAGUUGUGGAUCCUAUUGAUCUCUGAGCACCUUCAAUAAUUAAUGUUGUUCAUCUAAACUAGUCAUCGAUAACUACUGUUGUUGGGAUUAUUCCACCAAUUUAUCAACUUGUAAGCGUGAUCAAUUUUUUUAAGCUAUUCAA